GAAGUCUGUCAACAAUCGCAAAAAGUUUGAUAUUAGCAUGGAUACAGAUCAGUAUUCGGAAAACUUCUGAAUUUUUAAUUUAAUAAAUAAAAUUGGUUAGUUAUAAGCGCGUUUUCGUGUUAGCUAAAUAGUUUAGUUCGACAAAUAACAUUAAUCGUUAGUAAACCAUUAAUCUCUGGACACUGUAUUCAAUGGAGACAAAUUUCGUGCAUGGUGAGGAAGAUCCGGACGUGCUGGCUGAGGACAACACCAGGCCGUCAUUUCCGGAAGAUUUUCCCAACUUUCGAGAUUUCCAAAUCGAAAAGAUGGUGCAGCAUUUUAGGGUGGUAACCGAUGGGUCGGAACAACGCCUUCGAUUAGGCUUCAAGUGUAAGCUGUGUAAUGAGGUGUUUAACAAAACGAUGCAAUUGUUGGGCCACAUCCGGAACCACUUUGAAGAUAACCACAGCUGCAGAGACUGUGGGAAGUACUUUUUCGACACAAACAAAUUGAACAUUCAUAAAAGGGCUAAACACACUCAAGCGCUCAAGUGUCAGUUGGGGUGUCCGAGCUACACAACUUCCAAUCUGAAAUGUCUACAAACGCAUUACCUUCGGUACCAUUGUCUAAAAAUAAGACCAAGGGAAAUGAAAAAAAUGGAAGAUAAAUUAGGUCCUAUUAUCCGGAGCAGCAAAAUUCGAAUUCAAAGAGAUCAAAUCAUAGAUGAACAAAGAUCCAUAGAGGCAGCUCAGGAAAUAGAGGAAGAGACAUCAGAAGAGCAAGAGCAGGACAGCUCAUCGAAACCAGAUCUGGAUGAAGAUGAUUUUGAUGAGCCGGAGGAUUAUGGUCAGACAGUGGAAUGUUGUGUCUGUGAUGUGUACAUUCCGACCGAGGACGAUCUGCGAUUACAUGAGGAAACCCAUACCAGUCCAUACGUUUGCAAGAUAUGCUUCACUGCUUUUGAGCAGCUAGACGACGCUCGAGAUCAUUACGAUGCCCAUGAGAAAACUCAAGUAAUGCAGAAUCCAGUUCCAAUACAAUCGAUAAACAUCUCCCCGACAAUUAUGCAGCCCCAAGUGCAUCAGACUAGUAUACCGGUAACAGCAGUUACCAGUCAGCACCACAAUCCUACCCCUAAUAUCACCACCAUGAUUGUAAUGCACAACGGAACUCCGAUUUUGAUUCCAAUUCAAACCUUUGACAGCAGUCAACUGGUUCCAGCAUUUCCACAGCAAACAGUCCCCUCGCCGGCAGCAACAACAACCGCUACCACAAUUACUCCAAUCACGACGGCGUGGCCCAUAAACCAGCUGCUUCCUGUCAACAAUCAGAUCGAAAUAAUUCCAAUCCACACCGCGCAACCGGUGUCCACCGCAACUGGAACGUGCACAGCAGGGCAAGCGAUUCCCAUCCAGAACUUUAUCAACCUUAAGCACGAUCACAAUUCUGCCGUAAAUCCCGGAGGAGGAAUAGUUAUAACGCCAAUCACAGCACUAGAUCAAAACUACCUGAGACAACAACAGCAGCAGCAAGUGAUACAACAGGCACAGAUUCAGUUACAUCAACAGCAACAGCAGCAGCAGCAACAAUAUCAACCUCAAUCGUAAAUUUGAGAAACAUUAGGACUGGUUGCAAGCGAAUCGUGGUCUGUAGCAUAAAAGAACAUACCAACAUUUUGCAUGGGUAUUCGAUGCAUCAUACCUAUUUAAAUAGUUCUGCAAUGUGGGUAACGGUAUAAUAUUAGCGGGUAAUUCUUGCAAUUACUGGACUGCGACCCCAAAAAUAUUGCAAAGGUUAAUCGUAUAUCCUUUAGUUCGUUUUUAUAAUCGAAUAUGGUCAGUUUCAGGUAGAUUCGAUGGCGUGGAAAUUGUUUAGAAACAAAUUAUCGAAAAAAACACGCCAAAGUUGUCUGCCUGCAGCUGAACUCAGAGUGGUAGGGUAAUGAACCCAUUUUCACCCUGUCUAUUAUCACCUACCGAUUUGAAGCGUCUGUCAUCUUGCAUUGACUCAAACGGUAAAGCGAUAAUUGGACAUUCGAUUCUUGUCUGUGCUGCUCUCAGCUACGAACAUUUCACCGUUUGCAGGUCAUUUGUGUUAUUAAAUCGGUUCUUAUCAACGGAGCAAAGAUAUUGAUUCCCAUUUAUACGCAUUCUAUCGAUUGUGGGCUGAGUAAUAAUGAAAUAGUAAGGAAUCCUCCCUAAUAAGGUCAAACUAGGCUCUACACCCUAUCAUUUUUUAGGAUCCAUAAAAUUCUAUCAUUCCAUAGAACAUUAAUUUUACAGUCUAGCAAGUAACGCGAAAGCACUUAGAAGUAGUAUUUAAUUAUCAAAUCAUAGUAAUACUAAGCAGCUUUUGAUAUUAAGUUAUUAUUUUUGUUUGAUAGUUUAUCUACGAGUAAUAUUUUUAUUUAGCAAGC